CCACCUUGAGAAGCCACCUUCGUCAUUCGCCAUAGCUGUGGCACAAAAAAGGCUAACGUGUUUAUAUACAGUGUUUACACGUUUAUAACCUAAAGUUAUAAGAAAAAAAAAGUUUGAAAAAAUAUUCCAAAGUUUACAAAAUUCGCUACUAUGAAGUUAAUGUCGGUAAUUUUUAUUAGUUCAUUUUUCGUUACAUACUGUGAUACAAAAAUUAAAUCUAAAAAAGAUGUUAGAGACAUGACUGAUGCUGACAUGGAAAGAUUAUUAGAUCAGUGGGAGGAAAAUGAAGAACCUUUAGAACCAGAUGAAUUACCCGAACAUCUUCGUCCAGCUCCAAAGAUUGAUUUAUCUCAGAUGGACACAUCUAAUCCGGAUAAUCUGUUGCGUGUCACAAAUAUGGGAAAAAGUGUUAUGAUGUUCGUCGAUGUUAGAAAAGACUUAUCUGAAGAUGAAGCUGACAAUAUAUUACGUAUUUGGCAAGGAAGUUUACAAAAUAAUCACAUAGUUGCUGAAAGAUAUCCUAUCGAACCCAGAAGAGCAAUCUUUAUGUUCAAAGAAGGCUCUCAAGUAGUGGAUGCUAAAAAUUACCUCAUCGAUCAACCAGAGUUAGAACUUGUAACUGUAGGCAGCCAACAAUUUUAUGGCAAAAACUCUAAAAAGCAAUCUCAGGAGAAAAAGAAAGAUGAAUUAUAGUAUCGUUCAAGUAUAUUCCUUUGGCUGUGGUACACUGUAAUUAAAUCAUUUUUCUAUCUGAGUAUUUGAUAUAUGCAAGAAAUGACAAUUAUUUCUAAAUAUAAAUACAUUAAAAGAUUUUUAAAAUUACAUCUUUUCAAUUAUUAGCUUAAGUUAUGCAAUUAAUUUUUUUUACUCAAGUUAUUUAUAUAGAAUGGUUUAUGGCCAAGGCAUUUUUUUUUUGUGUAAUAUCAAAGUAAGUUGUGUCUAAAUAUGUACCUAUAUUAUGAUAAAAAUUCACUUGUAUUUGAAGUUUGAGAACUCUUUACAUUCCAGUAGAUUACGAAAUGAAUUUUUGUAUUAUUUACAACUUAUUGUACAUGGACAUAAUUUUUAGGAAAA